GAGGCUGCAGAGCUUCUUACACCAAUAUACACUAUGUCCUGCAGGGGGCAGCAAAGCUCCAUGCAGGACGUGGGUCGGACUAGGGCAGGAGCCGAGUAGCCGCCUGUUGGUGCUGCGCUGCCUGGCCAUAGGUAUGGGAACGGGGCUGUGUCUUCCCUGAACCUAAAACCAGCGGAGCAGCGAGAGGACUGGCGGUGGCGAAGCGGGCAGAGGGACAUACAUCACAGCCAAACCCGAAGCACCGCUGGCUCUGAAACAUGGAGUAAUCUGCUGAUAUAGACGCCGAGUUUGAGAAGAGCCUAUUUGGCUGCUGUUACUUUUCAUAAUCCUUUCUAUUGAAACACAUCUGCAGUGAUGCGGGCUGUGGAGGGGACCAGUGUGGUUGUGCUCUCCCUCCUGGGAUACCUUAUCUCCACGGUCGUCUCCAAAACACUACAGGAGGACAAUGGCGCCGAAGAGGUGACGCUGAAAGUUCACCUGAGCGAUGCCAGCACCCGGCGGCCCCUGGGAGGGGCCACCAUAGAGCUCUUUAGCAACCACACCUCUGUCGCUGUGGAAACAUCGGCAGCCGAGGGCAAUGCCUACCUGCGCUUCCCGUACCGCCUUGGGACAUUGCUGGUCGUCACCGCAACCAAGCAGGGCUAUGUGCCAAGGUCCGCCCCCUGGACCCCUUCCAGACUCCCUGUCUUCUCCUCUCUCAGCCUGGAGCUCCUGCCCGAGAGAACCGCCACCCUGAUGGUGUACGAUGACGUCGUCCAGAUCGUCUCUGGCUUUCAAGGCACCGGGCCGUGGGUGCAGUUCCCGCGCAGGGCCCUGACUCUCCCUCCAAACGUGUCCUACGCCAACCUCACCGCCCUGCUCACAGUGGCCAGCUCGCCCACACAGCUCCAGCACUUCCCCUAUCUGCAGGGCCUCGGCCUGGGGACCAAUGCCACAGAGAUUGAGAAGAAAUUAGAGUUGACCCCUGUGGCGGCCAUCUCUGUUCACCUAUUGGCCAGCGACGGAGUGGAGCUGCAGGUCCAUGAGCCUAUCACCAUCUCCGUGCCUCUGCCAGCUGAUUGCGGCCUGAAGGAGAAUGAUCACAUCCCAGCGUGGAGAUUUGACCCCCAUUUGGGGGCCUGGUUAAAGAGCAGUCUGGGCUACGUGCAGAGGGAGGGUCAGCAGCUCAGCAUGACCUACAUCGCUCCUCAGCUGGGAUACUGGGUGGCGGCUAUGUCCCCACUGCACUCCGGUCUGCUGGUUGCCAAAGACAUCAGUACAUACCACACUGUGUUCCUGCUGGCCAUCCUGGGCGGGAUGGCACUCAUCCUGCUCUGCCUGCUCUGCCUGCUGCUCUAUUACUGCAGGCGGCGCUGUGUGAAGCCACGGGGGUCCCAACGGAAGCUGACCCUCUCCUCUGCUCUGGACAGCAGCAAGAGGGACCAGGCCACCUCCAUGUCCCACCUUAACCACAUCAGCAGCGAGGUGGAGCUGGUGUCUACGGCGACUGAACCCGAUCUGACCACGCCAAUGCUGAAGCCCUCUUCCUACGAGCAGCAGAACAACCACCAGCAGCACGACUUCGUCUCCAGGGGCAAACUCAGCCGCUCCUCCCUGGCCGACAACAGUCGACACGGCUCGUCGCUCGGCAACCUGACGCCGCGGAGCCGCGACUACCGGCAGUCUGUGGACUCCUUCCCCCAGAAGGCGGCCGUCUGCGCCCCGGCAGACAGGGGCUACCGCCAGUCGUACACCUCCGUCUCCUCCUCGGCCCACCACGUCUCAGACGGCCUGUCGGCCCAUCAGGUGAAGGCGCUGGCCGGCCAGAUGGGCAGCGGCAGAGAAGGGGCCUGCCUGUCACCGUCCUCCCCUCCCCUCACGCCCAGCAGGGCCGAUGUGGUGGAGGGCCGCCCCCCCGACUACCUCUUGUCCCGCUCGGUGGACCACCUGGAGCGGCCCGUCCCGCCCCUGCUCCCGCGGCCGGGCCAGCUGCUGUGCUGCGGCUCCCUGGACCUCCUGAGCGGCGGGGACGGCUACCCACGGGUGCGACCCACCCUGGUGAUCCCGGCCCACUACAUGCGGCUCCCAGGGGAGCACCCGCUGUGCGGCCAGGCCCUGCUGCUGCAGACGGACCAGCAGAGCGACCUGGAGGACCUCCAGGCCGAGCUCAACGCCUCCCACUCCCAGCAGCCCCCAGGACAGGCCAACGGGGGCUGUGGGCCCGGGCCCGCCGGGCGGGGCGAGCGGGAGGAGCUGGGCCUCUCAGAGUCCCUCUCCAUCCCCACGGGGCUGGGGGAGGCGGGGGGACUGGUGGAGAUCAACAGCGAGGACACGCUCCUGGCUGAGAAGACUCUGAUGGCGCUGCGGGGAGGGAAGCCCCUGCCACACCCGCGCGCCUGGUUCGUCUCCCUGGAAGGCGACUCCAACGCCCACAUCCGGCACUCCUACAUCGACCUCCAGCGGGCCGGCUGCCAGGGCAACAUGCCAGGGACGGGUCCGAGGCACGGAGACAGAGGUGUACGAGGUGGGGGAGGGGGGUGUGUUGGUGGUGGCAGACGGCGCAACGCCAACUACACCAGCCUGGACUCUGGGGUGGAUCUGAACGAGCCCAGACUGGGCCGCAAGGGCCGGGAGGAGGAGAUGGAGGACAUCGGGGAGAGCAAUAAAGACACGUCGAAGAGCCCGCCCCCAGCCAUGGCCACCUACACCCAGCUGGUGUACGUGGACGACAUGGAGCGGGGAGGGAGCGAGGGGGAGUCGCCCCAGUCCAGCCCUCAGGACAGCACAGCGGGAGACCUGAGGUCGGACGAGGUCAAGGGCCAUGCAGAUAUCUUAGAGGAGGUCAUAGCCCGGUCCGAGUCCCCAUCUCCCACCUCCUCCUCCUCAGUGUCCCCUCCUCCUCCCUCGCCCCUCCCAGAAGGAGAGACCCUGAGGAGUCCCAAGGACCUGCUGGCAGCCUCUCCCGAUGACGACGGAGACAAGAAGAGCCCCUGGCAGAAGAGAGAAGAGCGCCCCCUGCUGUCCUUCAACCUGAAGUGACCAAUGCCAAACUGCUUGACCAAUGAGAAAGAGCGGCCUCUCUCCAAAAAGCCUCCAUCACAUGAAGGAUUGAGCGUUUGAUUAUGAAUCCCCGGCCCUCCCGUUUUACAUAAGCACUGAGAAAACAUAAGGCACUCUGAACUCUCUCCGAUGGGACAAUUUCAAACAGUGUUAACUUCCUGGUCACUGUUGUUUCAAAAGGACCACUGUAGAAGUUUACUCUCCCCCCCCCCCCGGUUCUCAAUGCCCCCAUGUCACGGAGUUAUCACCAUGCCACAGAGACACAUGGCCCAACCCAUCAUCAGGCACAGCCUUACCAAGAAAUACUCCUUUUAUUUUAUGCACAACAGAAUUUAUGCCUUUUUUGUUGCUUGUCUUGCGGGGCUGAUUACUAAACCAUGAAGAAAAAUGAACGGAGGUUAGUUUGUGUGUGUGUGUGUGUGUGUGUGUAGGAACUUUUCUAUUGAGCCAUAUCGUCCUCCAUUCCUAAAUGCUGUCUGAGGGAGAACACUAUGAUGAUGGAGGGCAAGCUGUCAGGACCAUCGACUCAUGUUUCAUCCAUACAAAGCAUUGCAACAAAAUGGAUACAAAAUACUUAAGCCAAGUUAAUUAAGCCAAUCCGAGAGAGGUCCCCUGUACGUUUUCACAGGAAAAGGGUUUGUUGCCCCGGCGUUUGUUUGUUAGUUGUGAAUGUUGGAUUUCUGCAGUGAGAUUAAGGACGUGUACAAUCAUCACUUUAGGCUCACCAAAGCUGAAUCACAUACUGCGACAUGUUGUGAUGCACACUGCUAUGCUAAGUAUGACCAACCACUAUGGCUAGGCUCUAAAUACAUUUUAUAUUCUUAUUUUUUUGUAUUAUUAUUAUUGUUGUUGAACCACUGACUCUGGCAUAUUAUGCUCUGAAGGCUAUGCAUCACUUUUAUACAGUUGCUUGAGAUGCCUCUUUUGUAAUUAUUAUUACCCUUUUAUUUUGAAUGGCCAACAUGAAGUAUUUUUUACAUUAAGAUAGGCUUUUUGGGGUUUUAUCCAUAUAUGUUACACAUUCUUUUGACUUGCCUUAUAGUCGGAAUUAAAAUCAUUACAAACGAUAGAUCCCAAAAACUGCUUUUGCUUGAGCUUACUGCGUCUUUGCUUUUUUUUUCUCCCUUGUCUUCCAAGUGCCUUUUAAACAAGUUGACUCUCCGCAUCUGUUUAGUGUUAUACCGUUAUUUAUUUCUCACCUUCCUUUGCCUUCAGCUUUUCUCUGCUACCUCACCCCACCCCAUCGACAAGUCCCCCCGCCCCUCCUUUCACACCCCUUUCUAUGAUGAAUGAAAUUAUGCACCUAACCACUAUUUCACACAAACUACACUCCUACUCUGAAAGGCCUUUCUGCUAAACCAAGGCCUCUGAGAUAUUGUACAUGUAUAGCUUAUGCAAUUCCAAUGUAGCAUGGAAUCAAGCAAAGAUGCAAUGUGACAAUAAUAAAUUGCAGAUGUUAUUUUUUUCAGUUGUGUCAAUGAUAACUUGAAUAUUUGUGGGACUAAAUGAUGUGAUGUAUAUUUUCAUUCAUGCAUUGCUCCAGACUAAGAAUUUUCUUUGAGUCGAAAUAACUACGAUGGCAAAGAAUCCAGGUUUGUGUAGUCAUAGAACUGAUUACAGGAAUAGUUUGUUUGCGGGUGUUUUUUAUUCUUGUCAAUUUCCUUUCACUGCCCGGUCUAGUAAUCUGUGAUCUAGUGCUGGGCUACAAAUGACUCUGCGCUCUUUUUGUAUCCGAGAGCAACCAUUAAGCCAAGGGUUGUGUUGCACUAUAUUUGACUGACAACACCCUGUGUGUGGUUAUUGGUUGCUUGUUAUAUUGAAAGCCUUUUAUCCGAAAUAAACAGCAAAAAACCU